GGUAACAAAUAGCAACCACAAAGCUUUAGUUUGCGAAAUCAAAAGACAAUCAGAUUCCAAAGCCUUGGAAAAUAGCGUCGGACUGCAAAUCCCCAAAAAACUCUAAAAUAAUGGCGUCUUCUUCAUUGACACUUCGGUGUUCAUCAACAAUUUGCAAUUUACCUAGUAAUUCUUCUGCUUCAUUGAGCUUCAAUCGUAGCCCAUUUUCAGUUUCUUUCCCAUCAAAUCUCAAACGCCUUAAUCGUCUCUCUAUUCGAUCAUCUUCUUCAGCUUCUGUUUCCACAGCACCAGUUGAGGGUUUGGCUCCGGCAAUAUCUCUCACUGACAAUGCAAUGAAGCAUCUGAAAAGAAUGAUGUCAGAUCGGAAUGAGGAGUUGUGCUUAAGAGUCGGUGUUAAACAAGGUGGAUGCUCUGGCAUGUCUUACGUAAUGGAUUUUGAGAGUACAGAUAACACAAAACCAGAUGAUUCUGUCAUCGAGAUCCAUGGAUUUAUAAUUGUUUGUGAUCCGAAAAGUCUCCUAUUCAUAUAUGGAAUGCAGCUUGACUAUAGUGAUGCGCUUAUCGGUGGAGGCUUCUCCUUCCAAAACCCAAAUGCAUCAAAGACUUGCAGCUGUGGAAAAUCGUUUGCAGCGUAGGCUUGAAAAUAUUAUAUAGACAAAAACAUGAGCAAAUCAUGUACGGUGGUGUAGCUUGGAUUUGUUGGGAUUGUGGAUAAAAAUGGGCAUCGUGUUAGAAGGAUAUAUAGUCUUUUAUAGUGAAUUCUGUCAAAUCGUCCUCAAUUCUUAACAUGAUAUUGUUCUAUUUUUUCUCA